GAGACCAGAACGAAGGAAACCUAUAGCGCGAAGCGUUUCUUGCGCGAGAGGCCAAGCAGUGGGAGCAGUCGUCAAGUCGGAGAGCAAGAAGGAGACCGCCCUCUCUUUCUUAUUCCCACCGGAAUACCGGAAGAAUAAUGGCGGCCGCCAUGAUAUCGAGGCUGAUGAGCAGGGUGCGACUUACAAGGCCAUCCCCUUUCUUGGAUCCCGCUUCCCGUAAUUUCGCCCACCGGCCUCACUAUCUCUUUCCACUGCAGGGCCACUGUUGGCCACUGUUCGAACACCGGCAUCAUCAGCAAACGCUUUCAAGAACGGGUUUCAAGUCGUCAUCCGAGCCGCCGUUUUGGUUUUCUUCUUUAUUUCCGGCCGCUUUCUUGGCCGGCGCGUUCGGAAUUGGAUCGCUAGAAAUGUCUUAUGCCGAUGGCAGCGAGGAUGGACCCAAACCUCUUGCGGCAUCGGAUUCUCUACCGAGUUUCGGUGGAACGGAAAGCUUGGUCGAUCAAGAAAGGCAGCGUAUAGAAGAGAUGCUCAGAAGCAUGGGAAUGCCGCGUGGCUCGUAUCCGCCCUUCAGUGUUGCGGCCAAGGGUCAGAAGGUCAUUGUCAAAUUCAAGAUUCCUCCCACAUGUGUGAUAUCACAUCUUAUUGUGGAUCUUGUAACACAUCUUGGACAUAAGGCUGAACAGAAUGGCAAUGGUUCAGAAAUGUUAUUACGUGCCUGGGACAGUGCAGCUGCAUGGCAGAUAACUCUCAACUCCCCAGAAAACAUGAAGGAUGUCGAUGGAGAAAAACAUGGGGGCAGUUUCUGCAUUUUGCUAUUUGAGUCGCUUGUUGGUUCUGAAUAUUGUGAGAUUGAGUUCAUAAAGCAGGGAAGCUUUAGCUUCAAAGAACUUGAUGCCUUGGUGAGUGCACUAAAACUAGCUGGUAGAAAAGAUGUGAAAAAAUCAGUGGGAAAGCCCACACAGGGGUAUGAGUUCAAAAGAGACAAUAAGCAUGGUGGUGCACAACUGUCUUCUGUGGAAAAGGCAGUGUCUGCUUUAGAGGCCAUGGGCGUCAAAGUCUAUGGAUUUGAUGAUACUUGUGGUACUCCCAUGGAUGGGAUGAUAUCAUGGGAUAACAUUGCAGGAUAUGAUCAGCAGAAACGGGAAAUAGAGGACACCAUACUUUUGGCAUUACAAAGCCCCGAAGUGUAUGAUGAUAUUGCUCGUGGAACCCGUUCUAAAUUUGAGAGCAAUCGACCUCAUGCUGUCCUUUUCGAAGGCCCACCAGGGACUGGGAAGACAUCUUCUGCUCGUGUAAUUGCUAAGCAAGCGGGUGUUCCAUUGCUUUAUGUGCCAUUGGAGGUCAUCAUGUCAAAAUAUUAUGGUGAAAGUGAGCGGUUGCUAGGGAAUGUUUUUUCUCUUGCUAAUGAGCUUCCUAAUGGAGCAAUCGUUUUCCUAGAUGAGGUUGAUUCUUUUGCAGUUGCUCGAGAUAGUGAAAUGCAUGAAGCUACGCGCAGGAUUUUGUCAGUAAUAUUACGGCAGAUUGAUGGAUUUGAGCAAGAAAAGCGCGUGGUGGUUAUAGCUGCAACCAAUAGAAAGCAAGACCUUGAUCCUGCUCUCAUCAGCCGCUUUGAUUCAAUGAUCUCAUUUGGUCUACCUGACCAACAAACUCGUGAAGAAAUAUCUGCUCAGUAUGCAAAGCACCUAAAAAAGUCUGAACUAGUUCAGCUUGCCUCAGCAACAGAAGAAAUGUCUGGGAGAGAUAUCAGGGAUGUGUGCCAACAAGCUGAAAGACAUUGGGCUUCAAAGGUAAUACGAGGCCAAGCACCAAAAGAUGUUGAACGUGGAAUAAAUCUUCCACCUAUUGAAGAAUAUCUUAGGUGUGCUGAGCAGCGGCGAGAAGCUUUGUCAGCUAUAGCAGAAAGAAGUUCCAGGUCCCCAUGGAAGCCCUUAGCACUUGCAUGAGGGAAUUAUUAUUUGUGUUGACCAUUAUUGUUCUUUUCUUAUAAUUGGUAAAGAAAGAUAAUUAAAAUGGUAGGUGAAAAGCUUUGUCAGCUAUCGCAGAAAGAAGUUCCAGGUCCCCAUGGAAGCCCUUAGCACUUGCAUGAAUCAAUUAUUACUUGUGUUGAACAUUAUUGUUUCUUUUCUUAUGAUUGGUAAAGAAAGAUAUUAACAUGGUAA